AUGGACUUGAGAGUUGGAAGAAAAUAUCGUAUUGGCAGAAAGAUCGGAAGCGGCUCGUUCGGAGACAUCUACCAUGGAACCAACCUGAUUAGUGGAGAAGAAGUUGCGAUCAAGCUAGAAUCGAUAAGAUCAAGGCACCCGCAGUUAGAUUACGAAUCGCGUGUCUACAAGUACCUGAGCGGGGGCAUCGGUAUUCCGUUCAUAAGGUGGUUUGGGCGCGAGGGCGAGUAUAAUGCGAUGGUGAUCGACUUACUGGGCCCGUCCCUCGAGGACCUAUUCAACUACUGCCACCGCAAGUUCUCUUUCAAAACUGUGAUCAUGUUGGCGCUACAAAUGAUAUGCCGCAUCCAGUACAUACACGGCCGCUCUUUCAUCCACCGAGACAUCAAGCCCGACAACUUUCUUAUGGGCGUUGGGCGCCGCGGGUCCACUGUCCAUGUGAUCGACUUUGGGCUUUCCAAAAAGUAUCGUGACUUUUCUACACAUCAUCAUAUUCCGUACCGUGAAAACAAAAACUUGACCGGAACUGCGAGGUACGCAUCCGUCAACACGCAUUUGGGUAUCGAACAGUCUCGUAGAGAUGACCUAGAAAGUUUGGGGUACGUGCUAAUCUACUUCUGCAAGGGGUCUCUACCAUGGCAGGGCCUGAAGGCGACCACCAAACGCCAGAAGUACGACCGUAUUAUGGAGAAGAAACUCUGCAUCAAUGUGGACCAGCUAUGUGCGGGUCUGCCUAUGGAGUUUGUUGAGUACACGCGUUACUGCCGUAACCUGCGGUUUGACGAAAGACCAGACUACCUGUACUUGGCAAGGCUUUUCAAGGACCUGGGCAUCAAGUUGGACUACCACAACGACCACUUGUUUGACUGGACUAUGCUCCGCUACACCAAGGCGAUGAUUGAGAAGCAGCGCGCCCUGGGUGAGCAGCCACAGCAACCUGAUGAAGGCAAGGAUGAAGAAUCUAAGACGGAGUCCUUCAACAGAGUAAAACAGUUGGCAAUGAAGAAGUUUUCAACGCACUUCCACUACUGCAAGCCUGAAGACAAGCACCACCCCUCACCUGAGGAGAUCAAGCAGCAAACUGCUCAAAACAACAAUGCUGCCUCGUCCAUCCCACAGGACUUGCUCAGCGCGAUUGACAAGGACAUGGACAGUCUCAAGCAGAAUGUGGUACAGGCUCCCGAGGCCGUUCCGCAGCCCUCGUUGCAGCCCCAGAUGCAGCAGCAGCAGUACCAGCCCGUCCAGAGACAAGCGCCCAUUGCUGAACCUUUGCUCCAGCGCCAGCAGGAGCAGCAGCAAGGCCAGCAAGAGCGCCAGUUAGACGCUCUUCAAUCUGCCACAAACAACGCGUCACCUUACGCCCCCCAGCAGUCGCAGGCUCGCAAGCCUGCUCUCAACACUACACAGUAUCCUCCCGCAAACGCUGGGCCUUCCGGUGGGGAUAUCUGGCUGUAG